GUGGCCCAGGCCCGAGCCCGUGGAGGCCAAGGGUCUGGGGUGAAUGUGGCCCCCAGGGGUCAGUGGCCCCAUUAGGGGAAAGAAAGUUUUCCUAAGACCACUACAAAGAUGUUUGAUAUUAAAGGCUUGGGCUGAGUAUGUUGCGGAAUGGGCUGCAAAGGACCCAUAUGGCUUCCUUACGACAGUGAUUUUGGCCCUUUCUCCAUUGUUCCUAGCAAGUGCUGUACUACCCUGGAAAUUGGCCAAGAUGAUUGAGGCCAGGGAAAAGGAGCAGAAGAAGAAACAAAAACGUCAAGAAAAUAUUGCAAAAGCCAAACGACUAAAAAAGGAUUGAAGAAAAG